AUGGCCAAUUCAGAUCCAGACUCGUCCACCAUGCGUCCAAAUACAAAGCAUCUGAUCGACUUCUUCGCUCGCUCGCUCACGUCCUUUCACUCAUCGCCAGAUGUCUUUCGCAUCCUCUGCACUCUGCCACAUGCCGGCGCAGAACCAGUCUCGCGGCGGCCAGCAUCAGGAGUGCGCAGAUUAGUGGUUCUCGAUUCGAGUUUCAAUCCACCGACUAGGGCGCAUGCCGAGAUGGCGAGGUCUGCGCUGAAAUGGGCUUCUUCGUUCUCGGAGGGGACGAGGCUGAUGUUGUUGCUGAGCGUGAACAAUGCGGACAAGGCGCCCAAGCCGGCGAGUUUCCCGGUGCGGCUGGGGAUGAUGGAGGGUUUUGGACGGGAUCUGCUGGGGAGUCUUGGUGGUGAGGUUGGGGCGGAGAUUGAUCUUGCGGUUACGAAGAUGCCGUAUUUCCACGACAAGGCGAGGGCGAUUGGCGAGAGCGGGGUGUAUUCUUCUUCAGACGGGCAGGAGCCGGAACAAAUCUUUUUGGCGGGGUUUGAUACUGUGAUUCGGAUAUUCAAUCCGAAGUACUAUGGGGAUGGGGGCAUGAGGGCGGCGCUGGGGCCGUUUUUUGAGAGGGCGAGGUUGAGGGUUACUAUGAGGACGGAUGAUGAGUGGGGAGGGGAGGAUGAGCAGAGGGAGUACGUGAGGGGGCUGGGAGAGGGGAGGUUGGAGGAGGUUGGAGGAGACGUUGCGUGGGCUGGGAGGGUUGAUUUGGUGGAGGGGAGAGGGGAUGGGGUGAGUAGUUCGAAGGUGAGGGAGAUGGUUAAGACUGGGGAGAGGGAGGGAUUGGAGAAGUUGGUUGAUGAGGAGGUGAUGGGUUGGAUUGAGGGAGAGGGAUUGUAUAGGGAAUAG